UGGAGCAGAGGAACCAAGCUUAGAUAGUGAUAUAAUGGCUGAAGAAGUGAAGCUAAUUGGGAUGUGGGGAAGCCCAUUUAGUCGCAGAGUAGAGAUUGCUCUGAAACUGAAAGGAGUCCAGUAUGAGUACAUUGACGUUGAUCUCACUAACAAGAGCCCUUUGCUUCUCAAGUCUAACCCUGUUCACAAGAAGGUCCCUGUGCUCUUGCACAACGGGAAGCCCAUCGCGGAAUCACUCGUUAUUCUCGAGUACAUCGACGAGACCUGGAAAGCCAAUCCUAUCUUGCCUCAGCACCCUUAUGACAGAGCCAUGGCACGCUUCUGGGCUAAGUACAUAGAUGAAAAGUGCUUGCCUGCACUGUGGAACGCUUGUUGGUGCGAAAAGAAGGACCGAGAGAAGGCCGUGGAAGAAGGAAACGUGUGCCUGAAAACGCUAGAAAAUGAGCUCAAGGAUAAGAAGUUCUUUGGAGGAGAGAGUAUCGGAUUUGUAGAUAUCGCUGCCAAUUUCAUAGGCUUUUGGGUUGGAGUUCUUGAGGAUGUGGUUGGAGUGGAAUUGCUGACAAUUGACAAAUUUCCAAUAUUAUGCAAAUGGAGAGAUGAGUACGUCGGGUGCAGUGUGAUCAAGGAAAAUCUGCCUUCCAAAGAAAAGCUAGGGGCCUAUUUUCGGACCCGGGUUGAAAGCGCCAGUCAAUCCAAAUGAAUGGUUUGUGGAUGAGGUUAUGCGGACUGCUGCUCAUGGACAUGAGUAACUUGAAAGAAAACCAGCCGUCUGUAUGUUUGUGUAAUGCGUUAUGCUUCUGCUUUUCUAGUAUGUUGUAUACUUGUUUUGGCAUGUAAUAAGGAGUCGAUUGCCGUGGUUUGUCGUUUUGGAUGAACCGGCAAACGUGUUAGACUAUAUGGUCUGUACACCUUUUCCACUCCUCGCUUUGUGAGAAUAAAGGAUGUUGAGUCAAACAUUGACAGUGUGAACUUGAACAUGGAAACAAUAAA